GGCAGCCGGCAGGCAGGCAGUCAGUCAGUUACCGGCAGCCGAGCUGCGCGCGUGUGUGCGUUUCGUACCCGAGACCUGCGCGGCAGCGCAGCACGCGAACGAACUACGAUAUUUUCAUAACAUAUUUUUCCGACCCGAGCCGAGUGCGGUCCGCUCCGGCCCGCGAGUGCAGUGGUGUGCAAGUGGAGUGCAGUGCAGUGUGCUUGGUGCCCUCGGUGUCCUUGAUGUGGCUCCGGGAUCAGGAUACGAUCCUCCGUCAUGAGCGACCUGGCGACGGCGACGUCCCUCUGCCCCUGUGAGCAGCACCGCGAUGACGCCCCCCGCGCUCCUCGUCGCCGCCCUGGCCGCCCUGGUGGCGGCCGCCCUCGCCCUUCACGACGAGGUGCCAGGCCUGAGCCCGCCCCUGUGCGAGCGCCCCGACUGCACGUGCACCGAGGACGCCGAUGACGGGCCCCGGGAGACCCGCGGCCUGCGGGUGACCUGCGACUUCGGGCAGAGCGCCAGCGCCACCGCCAGCACUUCCUCGAACCAG